CCCGGGUCUUUGUGUCCCCCUCCUGGGAUCAUUUUGGGCGCUCCCGCAGACCCUCCCCACCCUCCCCCCGCACAGCGGUGGGGGUCGAGCUCCCCGUUUGCCACUAUUCAUCACUUUUCCUUCUCCUUCCUGAACUAAAGCGAAUGGCAAGCGCAACAGUAACUCCAAAGCGUCAUAAAACAUUUAACGUUCAAACUUGUUGUCGCACGGACUAAAAGACGUGUUGAUUCCCAUACAAAACCUCUUCUCAUCAGCAGCUGUGACCACUUUAGAAUGAGCCAGUUCAUCGCACGCUGAGCCACAUUGUUGGUCAAGAAACCAGCUUCUGGCACAGGGAUAUUUGUAGUAACUUUUGCUUUCUCUAAGAGGCUGCAGAUAAUAAGAUGUGAACAUUAAUGCCUAGUGAAUGCAUUUAACUUUACGUUUAGCUGUAGCUUUAUUUGGCAUAACUGUGGAUAAGGGCAGCAGCAAACAAAUAUAGAAGCUUAAAGAACAUUUAAAAAAUAAGUACCAAGGCCUCAUAUUUGUUCUGAAACAGUUUUAUUUUCAGGGAAUACUCUUUAAUUUAAUUGUCUUGAUUUUUUUUUACUUAGUUCAUUAUGAAAACCAUGCCCUCUGUGACCCUUAUUAAUAACAAAAAACCCACCCGUAACUGCCAGGUGGAUGUGACAAAUCUGUUGCUUACAGAGCUCAAGUUCAGCACAUACUCGGAGCCUGACGGGACCUUCUGAGCACGAGACCCUUGGGAUGUUUCGCCCGGGGCGGAGGUAGAAGAGCCACAACCGAUCCAAACGCUGCCGAAAUCCCCGUCGCCCACUGGGCGUCCGCGGCUCCUCGGGGCAGGAUGGACACGCUGAGGAACCGGACGGUGGAGGAGCUGCGGGAGCUGCAGGAAAACGCCGAGGAGAUUGAGCGCCUGGCCCUGGAGUCGCAGGAGGUCCAGGAGCUGCAGCUGGAGCGUGAGAUGGCCCUGGCUUCCAACCGCAGCUUGGCCGAGCAGAACCUCAAGUUCCAGGCGCCGCUGGAGACGGGUCGGACCGACCUCUCCAGUAAAUACGAGGAGCUGCAGCAGCUGGCCGAGCGCUGCAAGGAGCAGAAAGCCAAACUGGAGAAAUUUGCUGCGGCGAUGCAUCCUCAGACCUUGCUGGAUCUCCUGCAGGUGGAAAGCCAGAAAAUUGAAGAGGAGUCUGAGAAAAUGGCUGAGAAGUUCCUGGAGGGCGAAGUGCCCCUGGAGACAUUUCUCGAGCAGUUUUCUGUUAUGAGGAAACUGUCCCAUUUGCGCCGAGUGAGGGUGGAAAAGCUGCAGGAGAUCCUGAGGAAGCUGGAAACGUCGCGGGAAGCCGGGGGGGACCCUCAGCCGCCUCCUCACGUACCCGCCGACCCCCCCAAACCCCAACCCUUCCCUCCGGGGGCUCCAUCCUUCCCCCUGCCCUACAGCCCGGCCCCAAACGCACCUCUCGGCCCCACGGCGCACGGAGCUCUCCCUCCCGCUCCUUUCUCCGCCCCCCCGCUCCCCGGGGGACACGCUGCCCCCCCACAGCCCCCCUUUCCCUACCAACCUCCCGACGCCAUGCCGGGGUAUCCCCAACCCCCCUCAGGGGGUUCCGCUCCAACUCCAGGUUAUUCCUGGUCUCCAUCCCGGGCCCCACCUCACCCCCCCCCAUUUGCUGCGUCUCAGCCCUCUCCUCCCCCCCCCAGGCCCGGAUUUCCCCCCUACAUCCCCCCCGCGGCCGGGAGACCCGCGUGCCCCUACCCCACCCAGCCCCCUCUCCCUACUUUCCCUCUCCCCCCGCAGCCCCCCUACCCUCCGGGAGCACCCCCACCCUUUGGGUACCCCCCACCCCCAAAUCCUCAGCGUCCUGCUUGGCCUGGCUACUAAAUCCGGACUCCUGGGGGGCGUUUUUUCUUCUUCCCCCCUCAUUUUUUGUGGACUGAGGAAGAAGAGCGAGCCCAGAGCGUCGUUUCUCAACCCAGAAGCGCGGAGGCUUGGGGCAGGACGCCGCCGCCCUGGCGAGCUGGGACUCUUUAGGUUCGAUUUAAAUUGGUUGCUGAUGGGUUUGAAACGUUGGCUUCCAAAUCGUCUCAUCGUAAGUCACAACGGUCGCUAAUUGCGGCCCCCUCGUUUGCGCGGGCGAGCGACGGCGUUCGCCAUGCGAGCCACAAACGUUGUUAGCGCCGUUCUGAGCCUUCUCGCAGCCGUUCAGAAGACACGACGAGAAUCUCUGGGCGAUAUUUCUGACGCAAAAUCAGAACUCGCUGCUUCCCGAGGACUUUCCUGGAAGCCGGAGGCAGAGCCGGCCCAGCGUGUGGGUGAUUCAAACCCUUCAGCUGAGCACAGCCCCGAGAUUUCUGCAUUUUCACGCCGUCUGAGCUGUUCCUGGCUGUCUGCAAGCGCCGCCUGCGCCGUGGGCCCCAGCGUGCUCCAAAACAGAGGGUUUUUUCCCCAAAUCUUCAGGAUUCAGCUGCUCACCGGGGAUACAAAAACCCUGCUGCUGCUGCUGCUUUCCAGCCCCGAGCUCACCGAGGCUCUGGUGACUCCCCAGAGUUCCACAUGUGGAUAUUUCGGGUUUAUUUGAAGUAAACUGGGCUGGCACGACGUCUCGGGCUGCUGCUGCUCUGGGGGCACGUCUGGUGAUUUAUUUUUUGGGGUGCUGGGGGCUCCGGCCUUCCCCCUUCUCAGGAAACACUACAUAACGGAAGGAGCGACAAAUUAACGUUAAUAGAGACGGGGUUUGCUUUGCUCAGCACUUUAUCCUACAAAUCCUGCCUGUAUCUCCGUAAGUUAUUUAUAAGGAAAGAUUUACUAAUGGACUAGGACAAGGCAAAUGCUUCUGGGGUUUGAUGGGAACGAUUCCGUAGCGGCGGUUAAUUACAGUAAUAAAACUUGAUGAAUUGCA